AUGUCACUAGAAAUGAUCCCCGCAACUCCAGCCGACGGAGCCGAGCUCACCGAGAUCUUCUACGCAGCCUUCGUGGGCGACUUCAACAGGACCAUGUUCCCGCACACUCCCGACGUAACCGCCUGGUGGGAACAAAAUUUCCACGACACCAUCAAGCGCUCAAUAGCAACCGAGACCAACGAAGUCAUCUUAAAAGUUGUAGACUCGGAUCAAGGUGCGAUUGUCGCGUUCGCGAAAUGGAAGUGUCCCACGUCUGCAGAUCGCGAUCGGCACGAACAUCUUGACAUGCUGGCUGUUCAUCCAUCCCAUCAGGGCCGUGGGCUGGCAUCGAAGCUUUUGAAAUGGGGCCUUGCGCGUGCUGAUGAAGAGGGAGUAGAGGUCUAUUUGUCUUCAUCGCCCGAGGGCAAGCCCGUGUAUGAGAAGUAUGGAUUCCGGGCCUUGGAGUCAUUUUCGCCAUUCCCUGAAUAUGUGCAAUACUAG